UUACGUACUCCCACAAUGUGGUCCAGACACUACGCGCGUCCAUCUUAUCGCGCGCCACUCUUUGCCUUGCCCCCCUUGGGCCCCAGGCCGAUCAACAUUCUUUGAUCGUUGCGGCACUCGGGCAACGCGACAUCUAGCACGGCAAUCUGGACGGCAUCGCUGCGACGUAGGGCCGUACCCGGAUCGAAUCGAUGGGACUAGCCCGCUCGGUCUGCGCGAGAAGCUCGAAACACCAGGGACUGCCCCGUCGUGUGUGAGCUGCCACGGACACGAUGAGAGCCUUGGUCUGCGCCAGGUUGCUGCUGGCGGCCGGGUCAGCCCUGCCAUGCGUCGAGGCAAUCGCGCGCAGGGACAUGGUUCCCGACGACGAGUCGCGAUACGUGCGACCCAAAUAUUUCAAGGAAGCUCCGGAGCACGCACAUUACGACCAGCGCUUCUUCAAGGAGAUCCUCGGCGAGGAGUCCCACCGCAACACCAUCCGCGUCUUGAUCCAGACGUAUCUCGCGACUCUCGAGCAGCUGGGCGUCCAGACGUGGCUCAUGCACGGCAGCCUGCUCGGGUGGUGGUGGGGGAAACGGGUCAUGCCCUGGGAUCUCGACGCCGACGUGCAAGUGACCGAGGCCGACAUGUACUACCUGGCCGCCUACCACAACAUGACCACCUACUACUACAAGUACGGUGGCAUGGCCAAGGGGCGGUACUUUCUGCUCGACGUUAACCCGCACUUUACGUAUCGCGGCAAGGACGACUACCUCAACUUCAUCGAUGCGCGCUGGGUCGACAUGGGGUCGGGCCUGUACAUCGACAUCACCGCCGCACGCUACGACCCGGGGCAUGAGGCGGGCGAGGGCGUCUUGUACGACAAGAACGAGCACGAGUUUCGAGUAAGUUUCCGUCUGGGGGCGCGUGGGCCUGGCCACUGACCGCGCAGGACACGUUUCUGUAUCCCCUGAGGGAGACGACGUUUGAGGGCGUGCAUGCCAAGAUCCCGUACCGAUACCGGGACAUGCUCGAAUCCGAGUACGGCACGGCAGCCCUCAUGAACACCGAGUAUCACAGCCACGUUUUUGACAAGGAGCAGCAGCAGUGGGUGCUCCGGGGAAAGCAGGAUGAGGGGUGACGGAUGUACGGCAAGAUCUGUACAAAGAAUGAUACCAUAGACUGGCGGCGUUGGGGGCGCAAGGCAGGCUAAACAUGUUGAAAUUGACAAUGACUUUACGAAGCGCAAGCGUGGCC